AUGCUGAUCCUCGAGCUAGAUUCGAAAAGAUGGAAAUGCCCGGAGUGUUUCAACGAAGACUCCGAGAGCGAGGAUGGCGAUGAUGACGCGGACGACAUCGAUGCGGCCAGCGCCGAAAAUGAAGAAGUAGAGAAACCCACCGGCUCUGAACGAUCCCAUGGAUCAAAACCUGGCGUUGUAUCAAGGACUGCGGAGCUGGCAGGCGGCGGCUCAGACGGCCGCUCUAUAACCGACGGACUCGUACGCGAGGAUUAUCCCAUGGAUGGCUCUAGGCCGGUGCGGAAGCGCAAGUCGGCAUCCGCAGAGGCAGACGAUGCCACGUUGACGAUGAGAAAGCGUCGAAGGAAUCAGUCAGUUGACGGUACGGAUCGAGAGGACUCUGCUCGGGAGAGCCGCUCCGGCGAUGCGGCAAGAGGUCCAUCAUCAAGGACCACGCGGCUCAAGCUCGCAAGGCCGCCGCCAGUGGUAAUCGAAAGACGAUCGCGCACCUCUCUGAUUAUCAAAAUCGAGGUUCGCCCAGGCAAUCUCAAAGAAAUUCUAUCGAGGCGGAAACGGGAUCGACGACGGACAGGGGGGAGCGGCGCUCGGCCGCAGGCAACGCGAUUGACGCCGGCUCGUCCCCUUGCUCCUCCUGCUUCUACGGCCAAUCUGCCAGCUCUCAUCUCCACAAUGCCAACCCCAUUCACAUCGGAAUCGUACUCGCAGCCGUUCUAUUCGUUUUUCGAUAAAGAGACGGAGGAGAUGAAAGGAAAGCCGUACGGUGGUAUAUUGACGGAAGCCGAGGCAGACACAUCGAGAACCCUCCCAUCUUCCGAGGAUCGCAAGAAGUUCGAGCACGCCAAGCAAAAGGCCGAAGACGAGUGGAGGGCUCGUGUAUUGGCAAUGCAGGCAGAAGCUGACUUGCCCAUUCGCAAGCCUAAGAAAGCAAGCGACAAUGCCAGUCAAAUUGAAUGCAUUGAGUUUGGUGGGUGGGAGAUUGAUACCUGGUAUGCUGCGCCUUAUCCGGCAGAAUACAGCAGGAACCGCGUCCUUUACAUUUGCGAAUUCUGUCUGAAGUACAUGAACUCGGACUAUGUGGCAUGGCGUCACAAAUUAAAGUGCGGCACAAAGCACCCACCAGGAGACGAGAUUUACCGGCACGAAUCCGUCUCCAUAUUCGAGGUUGAUGGCCGAAAACAUCCCGUCUAUUGCCAGAACCUCUGCCUUCUUGCAAAGUUGUUUCUUGGCUCCAAGACGUUGUACUAUGAUGUAGAGCCAUUUUUGUUCUACGUGCUUUGCGAGUUCGACGACACCGGCUAUCACUUUGUGGGCUACUUCUCCAAGGAGAAGCGAGCCAGCAGCCAAAAUAAUGUGUCGUGUAUUCUAACGCUGCCCAUCCAUCAGAGGAAGGGUUACGGCAAUCUCCUCAUCGACUUCUCCUACCUCCUCACCAAGGCCGAAAAGAAGACUGGCUCUCCGGAGAAGCCGCUGUCGGACAUGGGCCUCGUCUCGUACCGCAACUACUGGCGCCUGGAGCUCUGUCGAUACUUCCUCGGCUACGCGGAAAGCGAUGCGCGCAGACGCGAGGGACUUAGUAUCAAGAAGAUGUCUUCAGACACCGGAAUGACUCCCGACGAUGUUGUCUCCGCCCUAGAAGGAUUGCGAGCCCUGGUGCGAGAUCCCCAGACCCGCCUCUACGCCUUCCGAGUCGACUUGGAUUACUGUCGCAAUUACGUCACCAAGUGGCAGUCGAAAGGCUACGUGCAGUUGAAGCCAGCAGCUCUCGCCUGGACGCCAUAUGUCAUGGGCCGAAGCAACGUGGUCAACUUCGAGCUGGGCCCGCCGAUCAACACCAUUGCCCCGAGAGAGGAUGACGAGGCCAAAGUCGAAGAGGGGGCUGCUCUGGCAGCAACUCGUGCGCGGGCCAUGCCGAGCGCUCUGAAUGAUGCUGGCAAGUCGGAUUCGCAAGCAGAGUCUACCCCAGCCAGCCAGCAGGACAGCGAACAGCCCCCGUUGCCGGUCAAGUCUAUCGAGAAGGUCAAGACCGAGGACAAGGAAAAUGCGGAUCCGGAAGGCGAGACCACGGUGGACGCAAGAAACGAUGCCGAGCCGGAGUCUUGGGACGCGCCAUACAGGGACAUUCCCGCGUCUCGAUUCGAGGUGUUCCCACCGGUACCACGAGGUCGUCGUGAGCGGAUCCGGCGCAGUGUAAACCAGCCACCAGCUCCUCCUCAUAAUCACAAUGGCAGCAGCUCAUCCGCCAGGCCCAGGCCCAGGCCCAGGCCCAGGCCAAGUGGCAGCGCCCGUCGACCGGCGGCAAGCCGGCCGCGCAACAACGGAUCGAGAAGGAAGUCUGGAGGGACGGGGCGUGGUCCUGGGCGGUGGCCCAAGGGAACGAAAAAGUCCGACUACGGCAACGCAGACAGUGGACCUGGCCUGCCGCCCGGUUGGAAGGAAAAGCAGGCCCGGCUCCAGGCCUUGGCCGAGGGCAGGGACCCCGGACCGGCAGAGGCUCUGGAUGAAAAGCCAGCGCAAGACGAAGUCCGAGUCCUGGUCUCCACGGGAGGAGCCAGCCAGAGCAAAGCGACCAACGGCAGUACCAAGGUGUCGAGACGCAAUUCUAAUUCUGGGUCCCAAGGUGGGAACGCGGCGUCGGAUGGCGAAGACGUACGUUGA